ACACAUAAUCAAGUGAGAUUUCAUCCCCCUCAAAGGCAAGGGCACCAGGCAGCAGCAGGGCAGGAGAUGGAGAAGUUUCGCACUGUGUUGGAUUUCUACCUCAGUCACCGGAAGGUGCUCAGUUACAGCGCCGUGUCUCUGCUGACCGCAGGCAGUGAGCGUCUCUUCUCAGUCGUGGUGUUCCAAUGCCCCUGCAACUCCUGGAACACGCUCUACGGCUCUGUCUUCCUGCUGGUGCCUGCCCUGAUCCUCUUCCUUCUUGGCUACCUGCUGAAUGUCAGGACCUGGCGGCUGUUCACUGGCUGCUGCGCCCCAGGCAAGUGUUGCUGCUGCAUCCAUAGGAGGCGCUGCUGGCGCUACUUUAGGGUGCUGUGGCUGGUGACGGCGAGCGCUGCUGUGGCCCCGCUCACCUGGAUUGCUAUGGCCCUUCUUGGGGCCAACUUCUAUGAGUGCGCAGCAAGUGGGAGCAGCCUGUUGCAGAGGCACUUGUGCCAAGGCAGAGGGACCCAGUGCCAUGAGCAGGUGGCCAGAAUACCCUGUGGUGGGACUCUCUCCCAAGAGGGACAGACAUUUGUGAGCCUUCGGGCUCAGUCCCAGGUGCUAGGCUGGAUACUGGUAGCAAGCAUCAUGGCUUUAGUACUGACUGUCACAUGCAUCAACCGCUGUCAUUCUCCAGUCAGUUUUCUUCAGCUGAGGUUCUGGAAAAUCUACUUGGAAAAGGAACGGGAGGUUUUUGAGAGGAAGGCCAAGGAGCAUGCAAGCAAGCUGGCAGAAAGGAACCUGAAGUGCUUCUUUGAGUUCACUGAGCCAGAACCAUUUCAGACACCCAGCAACAAAGACUGGCAGCAGAUCUCAUCUUUGUAUGCCUUCAAUACUAAAGGACAGUAUUACAGCAUGAUACACAAAUAUAUUAGUGCAAACAGAGGCACCAGCAUCAGAUCUACUGCAGAAGAUGUGCUUUCUCCUGCUCUAGGAUUUGUGGAUGGCACUGAUUUUAAUGAAACGGGGACAUUAUAAUGAAACAAAGAAAUUCUAAUUUUGUAGCAUGGACAGUUAUGUAAUUCUGGCCACAUAAAAAGGGUCUCAUUCUAUGCACUGAUCUCUUGUUGACAUCAAUGGGACCUAUGUGCAGAGUCUUCAGGAGAAGAUGACCCAUAAAGUUUGCAGCAUUAUUUUUAAUGGAUUUUCUUACUUUUACUUAAGUGCCUUUAGUAAACUACAUAUUUCUGGGUGGUGGUUUUACAAUAUUUUUAUCCCUUUGACUCUUUCAAGUUAUGAUAUUAAAUAGCUUAAAUCCCAACAUCAAAGACAAGUGUUUGUGCUGUUUUGAAAUAUUAUAAAGCACUUACUAGAAAUAUAUAUUAGCUAGUCUGUCAGUUCAGAACAUUUGGUAAUUAGAGUCGCAAGACCAAAGUUUUACCCUUGUCAUUGCUUGCCCAUCAAAAACAAUAAUACUAUAUUUUUUUUAAAUUAAGAAGUAGUUUUCUAGGCUUUGAGCCAUAAGCAAGUUCCCCACAAGUGUGCAGAGAAAGAGGGAAUGUUGAGUGUGUCUUUGUAUCAAUGAGCGGGUGCAUUCUGAUGAAUCACGUUUGAGAAGCUUGCUGUUAAUGCUGAAACAGAGGGUCACACAAGCCGUUAAUGUGCAGCAAUAGUCAAAAUAAGUUAACAGAAUGUUAGGAGCCAUUAGGAAAGCAAUAGAUAAUAAGACAGAAAAUAUCAUAAUGCUACUGUGUAAAUCCAUGGUACGCCCAUGCAUGCAGUUCUCAUGGCCUCAUCUCAGAAAAGAUAUAUUAGAAUUGGAAGAGGUACAGAGAAGGACAACAAAACUUACUAAGGGUAUGGAACAGCUUCCAUAUGAGGAGAUAUUAAAAAGACUAGGACUUUUCAGCUUAGAAAAGAGACUAUUGAGGACAGAUAUGACAGAGGUCUAUAAAAUCAUGUCUGGCAUGGAGAGAGUGAAUAAGGAAGUGUUAUUUACCCCUUCAAAUAGCACAAAAGCCAUGGGUCACCCAAUGAAAUUAAUCGGCAGCGGGUUUUAAACAAAUAUAAGGAAGUACUACUUCACACAACACACAGUCAACCUGUGGAACUUAUUGCCAUGGAAUGUUGUGAAGGCCAAAACUAUAAACUUGAUGAUUGUCUGUUCUGUUCAUUCUCUCUGAAAGCCCUUGCAUUGGCCACUAUUGGAAGACUGGAUUCUGGGAUAGAUGGACCAUUAGUCUGAUCUAGUAUGGCCGUUCUUAUGUUCUUAUAGGAGACCAAAGAAAGUCAGGAAAAUACUGAGCAUGAAUCUGAAUAUAUAACCUAGUUUAUAAAUGAAGUGACAUGAAAAUACCUCUUGAAGGAUAACUUCAAGCAAGCGGUGGACUAACCUGUGUCUGUGUCUGUCUUUAGUCUGCAAGCUAUCUAGGAAAGGGUCAUCCCUUCAAAUAAUAUGUAGUUCCAAUUAUGUUGUGAACAUUCAGUAAGUAAUAACUCUAAAUCAGUGGUUCUUAACCUGGACUGCACUCACCUCGGGGGUGGGGGGAAGAUACGAGAUUCCCUUUCUAAGAGUGUGAGACAUGCCAGAUUUUUUCAGAAGGUAAAUCAUAGAAAACACAAAUUAAGCACAGGCAUGUAAGUACAACUACUUUGUUUCAUCAAACCUAUGUAUGUAUUAACAUUAUACAUUUUUUAACAAUUACUGUAAUAUACAAACAAAAAUAUAUCUAGGUUUAA